GAGAUGCAUUCGCUGCUUGUUUGUGUUUCGGCGAUUUGCUUUUUCCGGUUUUUGUGUAGCGGCCACUUCCCUCAGUCCGGAUUGCUGGGUUCAUGUCGUAUAUCUUUGCGGGACGACGAAUGACCAGCAGCUGGAUGGGAAUUCGUGAAUUGUACGCAUCAUCAAUGAUUCCAAGACUCGGAUUUCAGCUUCAUGGCAAAGCGAUCCUAUUUAGUUACGCAUCUAUAAUGGAUCUCAAAGUUAUCCUAUUGGCAAUUUUUGUCAGUUUAAGCAACGGAAAAGAAGCCUUGUAUGAGCUCGCUUUAUCGGAUGAGGAUAUAUUUAGUGCUUGCUCAGAUACUAAACCAGGCACACUUGACGUAAAUGGCUUCCUAGAUUUAUCGGAGUUAUUCACAACCUUGCAGGAGGACGGUAUACAGGUAUCCGGAAAUAUGACGUUUGUAUGGGACAUCCAACCGCAGGAUCGUGUAAAGAUGGAUAUUAAAGCUUUUUAUUUCGAUCGAGGCACUUGGAAACCAACAUUCGCUAUAAUAAAAGAUGACUUCUGCAAGUUAAUGUACGAUUCAAGCCAAUUGUGGUACACCUACUGGACAGAACACGUUAUAAACGUCGAAGAUGUCAGGGAUAAAUGUACAUAUCCUGGGACUAAAAUGAUCUUUGAGCCUUACCUCAUGAUGCCUAUCUUAAACUUUACAAUUAUUCGAGAGGGACUUUAUAAAGUCCAAUUCAAGUGGAGAGGAUUUGAUUCAGCCGGUAAAGAGCGGCCGACGAACAUAUGUUUUGAUGUUCUUGGAUAUGUGCAACAAAAAAAAAUGAACCUUUAGCAUUACAUAAUAA